AUGGCACCAGACAUCAAUACCCUUCCUCCCUCCCCCCCAAAACCCCUUAACAACACCCGAAGCGGCAACACCACCAAUGACACCCCUCUCGAAGAGCUCCCCAACAUCCUCUAUAUCAUGGCCGACCAGCUCUCGGCGCCCCUCCUAAAAAUGUACAACCCCUCCUCGCAAAUUCUCACGCCCAACCUCGACGCGCUCGCCACCAAAUCCGUCCUGUUCGACUCCGCCUAUUGCCCUUCCCCUUUGUGCGCCCCCUCCCGCAUGUCCAUGAUCACGGGCCUCCUCCCCAUGAAAAUUGGCGCCUUCGAUAAUGCCUGCCAGAUCGCGAGCGACAUCCCCACGUACGCGCAUUACCUGCGUCUGAGAGGGUAUCAUACCGUGCUUGCGGGGAAGAUGCAUUUUGUGGGGGAGCAGCUGCAUGGGUAUGAGACGAGGCUGACGACGGAUAUUUAUCCGGGGGAUUUUGGGUGGGUGGUGAAUUGGGAUGAGCCAGAGAGACGGCUGGAGUGGUAUCAUAAUGCUAGUUCGAUACUGCAGGCGGGGGUUUGUAUUAGGAGUAAUCAGUUGGAUUAUGAUGAGGAGGUUAUGUAUAGGGCGAGGCAGUUUUUGUAUGAUCAUGUUAGGGAGGGGGUGAAGGGGAGGAGGCCUUUUUGUUUGACUGUCUCCUUGACACAUCCACACGAUCCAUACACCAUUGAGCAGAAGUACUGGGAUCUGUACGAGGGCGUCGACAUUGAGCUGCCUAAGGUCCAGAUUCCGAAAGAGCAGCAGGACCCCCACAGCAAGCGCUUACUCAAGGUCUGCGACCUCUGGGAUCAAGAGUUCGACGAGGAGCAGAUCAAGCGUGCCCGAAGAGCCUACUACGGUGCGGUCAGCUAUGUCGACGACUGCGUCGGCCAGCUGCUGGACGUUCUCAAGAAGUGCCGUCUAGGAGACAACACCAUCGUUAUCUUCAGCGGCGACCACGGCGAUAUGCUCGGCGAGAGAGGUCUCUGGUACAAAAUGAACUACUUCGAGCCCUCCAUUCGCGUCCCCUUCCUAAUCUACGACCCCUCUGGCCGCUUCACUCCGCAUCGCGUGACCGCCAACGUGUCAACUCUCGACAUCCUCCCCACAAUGUGCGACCUCGUUGGCACGAAGCCACACCCAUCCCUCCCCAUGGACGGCGUCUCCCUCCUUCCGCACCUCGAAGGCCGUUCCGACGAAGGCCACGACGAGGUCUUCGCCGAGUAUACUGGCGAGGGUACCGUCUCCCCGCUCAUGAUGAUCCGUCGGGGGAAGUGGAAAUACGUGACCUGCCCGGCGGACGGGUCGCAGUUGUAUAAUAUGGCUGCAGACCCGCUUGAGCUGAACGAUCUUGUUAAGUCCGGGGUAGUAGAGAGGGAUGAAAAGAUCAAGAAAGUAUUCGAAGCAUUCGAACGGGAGGCAAAAGAAAAGUGGGAUUUUGAGGACAUCACAAAACAGGUGCUGCAUUCGCAGCGGAAGAGGAGGCUGGUGUGGGCGGCGCUGACGAAGGGCAAGUUUACAAGCUGGGACUAUAGUCCUGUGGAUGAUGGGCGGGAGAAGUAUAUUCGGUCGCAUAUACCGCUGGAUGAUUUGGAGAGGAGGGCGAGGUUCCCGGCAGUGGAUGAGUUUGGGCGGGAGGCGAGGAGCGUGGUGGUUGACCAGGCUGGGUCGCAUGGGGAGUGA